GGAUAAUAGGCAAUCGAGUCUCUAAGCUGUGAUCGCAGCCUUAUUCAGUUUUGACUUAGGAGUGAGCACAGAACGCAGUCUUUGUUGUCGUUUGAGGAGCACCCAUUUUGUAGCCUCGAUAAAGGAAGUGUUGAACUCACAUUUUAUUACUGUAUCAUCUUGUACUGGUUUUGCAUAGAAUACAGUAGCGACAGUUUGUGAGGCAGAUCCCUCCCAGACUCUCAGGAUGGGAAAGCAGAAAAAGACUAGGAAAUUUGCAGAGAUGAAGCGGCUACUCAACCCAAAGGACAUUAAACCGCCGGAGAAGAAGAUUACGAAGGACUCAGAGAAGGCAGUGCGCCAUGUGGACAAGACACCAACGGCCCUGUUCUUCAAGUACAACACCCAGCUCGGGCCCCCCUACCAGGUCCUCCUGGAUACCAAUUUCAUCAACUUCACCAUCAAAAAUAAGAUCGAUUUGGUGGCUGGCAUGAUGGAUUGCCUAUAUGCAGAAUGCACACCGUGCAUCACAGACUGCGUCAUUGCUGAGCUGGAAAAACUGGGCCAGAAAUACCGAGUGGCUCUGAAAGUGGCCAAGGAUCCCAGGAUAGAGCGGAUACCUUGCACACACAGCGGCACAUAUGCAGAUGACUGCAUCUGUGAGAAGGUGAAGCAGCACAGAUGUUACAUCGUGGCUACCUGUGAUCGAGACCUUCGCAGGCGCAUAAGGAAGAUUCCUGGAGUCCCGAUCAUGUACCUCCAGUCGCAUCGCUACACAAUUGAGCGCCUCCCAGAAGCCACAAUGGGAGGAGCACCGCGCGUGUGA